CAACUUUUCUCAAAUGGUGACUAAAAUGCAGAAAAUUCAUCUCGUUCCUCCCACCCACAAUGGCCACCCAGCCCUCAUCUGAUCACCGGAUCCUGUCCAUCUACCCCUUUGCUUUGGUUUCUCUUCUCUUAUUUGGAACAGUGAGGCUAGUCUCAGAGAACUUCUGUUGGAGAAACAAUGCAAAUGCCCAUUCUCUCCAGUCAGAUUCUCUGGAGAUUUUACCAUCCGAAAGCGAAGAACAGGGUUCAUCAAUUGAUAAUUCUGGCCAUGAAUCCAUUGUGGGCUGGUGCAAUGUGUUUGAUGGGAGAUGGGUGUUGGACAAUGCAUCCCAUCCCUUGUAUACUGAAGAGAGCUGCCCCUACUUAACCAAACAGGUGACAUGCCAGAAGAAUGGGAGGCCUGAUUCUCUUUAUCAGAAUUGGAGAUGGGAGCCUUAUGAGUGCAAACUACCAAGGUUUGAUGCCAAGAAGCUGCUGGAGGCUUUGAGAAACAAAAGACUAAUGUUCAUAGGCGACUCAAUUCAGAGAACCCAAUGGGAAUCCAUGGUCUGCCUUGUACAGUCAGUCAUUCCUGAUGGAAAGAAAUCCAUCCACAGGCAUCCUCCCAUGAAGAUUUUCAGAGCAGAGGAAUUUAACGCAACCAUCGAGUUUUAUUGGGCUCCCUUCAUUGUGGAAUCCAACUCGGAUCAUGCAACCAACCACACCGUACAGAGACGACUUGUCAAGCUCGAUUCCAUUGCCAAGCAUAGCCGACACUGGGAGGGAGUCCAUGUACUAGUGUUCGAAAGCUACGUCUGGUGGAUGUACAAGCCUGUGAUCAAUGCAACAAAUGGGUCUCUAAAUGAUGUCACAGAAUACAAUGUCACAACUGCAUAUAGAUUAGCACUAGAAACUUGGGCAAACUGGAUUGAAUCUAAGGUGGAUCCCCACACUCAGAGAGUCUUCUUUAUGAGUCUGUCGCCAACUCAUCUGUGGAGUUGGGAAUGGAGGACAGAAGGUGAUGGAAAUUGCUUCAAUGAAUCGUACCCAAUCGAAGGUCGUCCAUACUGGGGAACUGGUUCGAGUCGGGAAAUCAUGGGAAUACUGGGGGAUGUCCUACAGGAGUUGAAGAGAGAAGUGAGCUUUUUAAACAUCACCCAGAUGUCGGAGUUUCGGAAAGAUGGUCAUACAUCAGUUUACACAGAGCGGAGAGGCAAGCUCUUAACAAGUGAACAAAAAGCUGAUCCCAUUACUUAUGCCGAUUGCAUCCAUUGGUGUUUACCUGGAGUACCGGAUACAUGGAAUGAGUUGUUGUAUGCACAUUUAUUAAGUGAUUAUCCCAUUCUUUAACCACCUAACAAUCGAGAAAUUAAAUGGCAGUUUUAAAUUAUAAUACUUUGUAAACACUGAACAAGUGAUGAACGCUUGUUUGUUUAUGUUGAAAAGCUUUUCAUAAUUAAGGAAUUCAGUUUCUGUAGGACCAUGAAGAUGCAGAGAUGGACGGCUGAUGCUUGGGCGCUCCAAACCUGCAUACAAAGAGAAAACUGUAGCUGCCACAUAAGACACCAACUUCUCAAACAAAAUGUAAGAGAUAACUGCUGAAUCUAAUUAGAACUGGAGCUGAGAGGAUCUUUUCCGUUA